ACUUCGUUAACUCUAAAAAUCCAUCUCCUUGUUCUUGUCCUUUGAGUAUAUAUUUCUAUAUAUAUUAUCUGCAAAAUUAGAAAAAUUCAUUGCAGAGACACAAAGGAUGGAGGCUCCCUCUACUACAGAUGAAAAGAACACAACCCAGAAGUUUAAAAGGAAAAAGGGUGGUCUCAGGACCAUGCCUUUCAUUAUAGCAAAUGAGACUUUUGAGAGGGUUGCCGGAGUUGGGCUUCUAGCAAAUAUGAUCGUCUACUUGCAAAAUGAAUAUAAUCUCAGUGGCGCCACUGGAACUACUAUAUUGUUUCUCUGGUCAGCCGCUUCAUUUUUUACUCCUAUCAUCGGAGCUUUCGUCUCUGAUUCUUACUUGGGUCGGUUUCGUGUCAUAGUGCUCGGAACAAUCGUCAGCUUGCUCGGAAUGAUUGUGCUAUGGCUAACAGCCAUUAUUCCAAGCGCAAGGCCUCCACAUUGCGACAAAAAACAUGGGAAUUCAACUGGCUGUGCAGUCCCAACUGCAGCACAGAUGGUGUUUCUUCUCUCCUCGUUUGCUUUGAUGUCCAUAGGAGCCGGUGGCAUUAGGCCUUGUUCUUUAGCAUUUGGUGCAGACCAGUUCGACCAGCCUGGAGACCCAAAAAACGACAAGACUUUACAGAGUUUCUUCAAUUGGUACUAUGCUUCAGUUGGAUUUUCGGUCAUGAUUGCAGUUACUUUCAUCGUCGCUAUCCAAGAUUCAGCUGGUUGGGUUGUGGGCUUUGCAGUCCCAGUAGGGUUUAUGUUCGCAUCAACUUUUCUGUUCAUCAUGGGUUCUUCUCGCUAUAUUAAAGUGAAGGCCAACACCAGCUUGCUUUCUAGCUUUGCUCAAGUUAUAGCUGCAGCAUGGAAGAACAAACACAUUUCUUUGCCUCCCAACGAUUCUGAUAGAUGGUAUCAUCACAAGGAUUCAAGUCUAGUAAUUCCUACAGAUAAACUCAGCUUUCUAAACAAAGCUUGCGUGAUUAUAGAACCUGAUAAGGACGUGGAUAGUGAUGGAUUGGCUAUAGAUAAAUGGAACCUUUGCACAGUUAAACAGGUUGAAGAGCUAAAAUCAUUGAUCAAAGUGAUGCCCAUUUGGUCCACUGGUAUAAUGAUCGCAGUGACCUUAAGCCAACACACAUUUCCUGUCCUUCAAGCAAUAACCAUGGACAGGCACUUCGUGGGGAAGGCCAAAAUCCCGCCAGCUUCAUUUGGUGUGUUUACAAUUCUCACUUUAACAAUAUGGGUAGCCAUCUACGAUCGAGUUUUGGUUCCAAGAAUAGCUAAGUUCACCAAAAGACCCCGAGGACUUUCUAAUAAACAAAGGAUGGGGAUUGGACUGUUACUCUCUUGUGUAUCCGCUGCAGUGGCUGGAGUAGUAGAGCACCAGAGGCGAGCAAGGGCAAUUAGAGAAGGAUUGGCAGAUAAACCGAGGGAUUUAGUUAACAUGUCUGCAAUGUGGCUAGUGCCACAGCAUUGCCUUACUGGACUAGCAGAGGCUUUUAAUGCAAUUGGGCAAAUAGAAUUCUAUUAUUCUCAGUUUCCCAAGACAAUGUCCAGCAUAGGAGUGGCUCUUUUCUCACUUGGCAUGGCAUUUGGGAACUUGAUAGGGAGUCUUAUAGUGACGAUUUUGACUCGUGCCACUAGAAAUGAUGAGAAAGUGAGUUGGGUAUCAGAUAAUCUCAAUAGAGGUCACUUAGAUUAUUACUAUUGGUUUCUUGCUUCUCUUAGUGUGCUGAAUUUCUUCUACUAUCUGAUUUGCUGCCGAGCCUAUGGGAGUGAGAGCAACAGGAUUUGGGAUGCAGAGACCAUUGAAGAGGAAGAAAAUGAAAAUAAACCAGUGGGAUCUCCAAUCAAACAUGCUACUGGUUGAUGUAUGUGAUUCACAUAUAUACAUCAAACACAGAAAGAGAUCAUAAAUGGGUAUACUCCAAAUAAAUUUCUUCUUCCAAAUUAGUUAGGAAAUAGAAGAAGCAAUGGUUUUGCCCUAUUUCCUGAAAUUCUGUUAAAGAAACAAGACAUGAAAUUAUUGUGAGAAAUUAUUUUAUGCAUGUAAAAUAGAUAAUUACGGGAUAAUCCCACAUCUCUUGUAUGAAAGCUCAUGAUAAGCCGGAAACUCUCAAACAUCUGUUACAUAAUUGAUACCAUAUGCUGUAAAUUUUUUCUGGCUUAAUGAUUUCUUAAAGCAA